UUUCGUUGGACCGGCCUCGGCCGUUGAUCUUCUUCCCUUGAUGAGCUUCGUCGUCUUUACCCCUCCUCCAGCCCCGACGCCGAGAGAGCUUCAAGCGAGCAGCCGGCGAAGAAGGUUUCUGCGGACAGUGUCUCCCGGAGCUCUAACUCUUCUCUUCAGACAUAAAGAUGUAUACUUCAAGGAAGAAGAUCCAUAAGGACAAGGAUGCCGAGCCCUCAGAGUUCGAGGAGUCCGUCGCCCAGGCACUGUUCGAUUUGGAGAACACGAACCAGGAGCUGAAAAGUGACUUGAAGGAUCUGUAUAUUAACUCGGCCACCCAGGUUGAUGUUUCUGGAAACCGUAAGGCUGUGGUGAUCCAUGUUCCAUACAGGUUGAGGAAGGCGUACCGCAAGAUUCAUGUUAGACUUGUGAGGGAGCUUGAGAAGAAGUUUAGCGGAAAGGAUGUGGUUGUGAUUGCCACCCGGAGGAUAUUGAGGCCUCCUAAGAAAGGUUCAGCCGUCCAGCGCCCCAGGAGCCGUACACUGACUUCUGUCCAUGAAGCAAUGCUCGAAGAUGUCGUGCUGCCUUCUGAGAUUGUGGGAAAGCGUGUCCGGUAUAGACUUGAUGGAUCCAAGAUCAUGAAGGUUUUCUUGGACCCGAAGGAGCGUAACAGCACAGAGUACAAGCUCGAGUCAUUCUCUGCAGUGUACCGGAAGCUUGCCGGAAAGGACGUUGUGUUUGAGUACCCGAUAACUGAAGUGUAGAUCUCAUAAUUUUGUGGAUCAACUUGAUGGUCUCUCAGCUUCCAAUCGUUAUCUAUUUUGAGUUGUGUUUGAAAUAGAUGAACCAUUUAAACCAUGGUUUUUAUGUUUGUUUACUUACUGAUCAUUUGAAGUGGCAUCUUUCGAGUUAGAUGAUUAUAUCUUCAGAAA